AUGCUGUCGCGCAUGUUUUCUGCGCACGACGUGAUGAACUUGAAGCACUCGUGGCAGCAGGCUGCUGCCACCACGGCAUUCGUGGCUGCGAUGGCCGGAAUGAUGUUUUUCACCACGCCCAGCGUCUUGGACUUGGUCACUCCGUCGAUGCCGAACUGGGUGGCGCGCGCCUUGGCCAGCUGGUACAUUUUCUCGACGUGGUCCGGAAUAUCUGCGUUGAAGUCUGAGUCUGGACGCCAAGGUGCACAGCGGGUACGUUGUCUGGACAGGAACGAGUUUCAUGUAGCACUCGAAACACGCCGUGAUGGUGGGGAUCAUCAGCUUGACCGAUCCUUGGAAACCUUCGGUUCCACCAUCGACCCAGGGAAUCAGCUGGCCCGUGGUGGCCGCGAGAGUGAUCAGUUUCUCGUUCAUCCACCGCCGAGCCCCAAUGCUAUCGAGGCCACACACAAUCAUCGAGAAUUGCGAGUAGAAGGCGUCGUCGAAGUCCUGGAUUUUGCAGAAAUGAGGCACAAUUGUCAGUUCCUUGCUGGAAACACGUUUGGAAACAAACUCGCACGCCACAAUGGCCUUCGACUUACCCACAUCGCUUGGUCUGAACAAAAACUGCCGGUUCAAAUUGCUAAUCUCAAUGGUGUCCAUGUCAAUACACUCUAUAUGGCGAAACCCAGAAAGAGCCAGGUUCUUGAGGAUCUCGCACCCUAA